AUGAAUCGGGUUCCGACUGAAGACUGUCCACCCGAUAGCUCAACACAGCCAGCGCCACUGAUACAAGAGCAAAUUCUCGAAGAACCAGAAGCGGAAGACUGGGGCGAUUACGUUGACUCCGAUGAAGAGCCCGACGUGGAAUUUGCCUGCGAGGAUAUCAACCUCUACCCUAGAGGUUUCUGCUACCCAAUCUCAAUGGUACAGUUGCUCAAGGCUUUGAAGGCACUACAUGAGGCUGGAAUAGUCCAUUCAGACCUGAACACUGCUAACAUAAUGUACACCCUGCGUCCUCUCAACAGCAGUAUAGCUGAAAAGUACAAGCAAAUCGGACGACCUAGAAAGAUGAAACUAUGGACUGAGCAGUGGAAAGACGGCGAACUGGUUCUGCCAAUGAAGCCAAAUGAAGAACUCAUAGGAGACUCCAUCGUUCUCGGUGAUUUUGGUCUAGCUCACAAAGCUGGUUCUCCGGCUCAGAAGAUGCAAUCGCCUGCUACUUACUGCGCUCCAGAACGGGUACAUAACAUCAACCCGUCUUAUGGUUCAGAUAUGUGGAGUUACGUGUGUAUCUUCUUUGAAUUAUACACAGGGACGUAUCUGUUUCAAGGUUGGGGGCAUGCAUCAGUUAUGUCAUCUAUUGUUUGUACGCUUGGGCCUCUUCCAGAGUCUUGGAGGGGGACAUACCACGUCGGUGGAUCGGGUGAUGAUACGUGGUAUGAUCAGAAUGGGCAAUUAGAUCCAGAGUUCGAUCUGAAGGAGAGGUUGAGUCAACUUCGUCCUGAUGUUGGCGCGAGGGAGUUGGAGCUUGUAGUGUCCGUACUACGAAGGGGUCUUGUCUAUCAGCACGAGGAACGGAUCACGGCAGCGGAGCUUCUAGAGCACGAAUCAUUUAAGGAGCUCAUGAGCAUAUACAUAUGGUAA